AUGACCCCCAUGGAGAACAGUACAAAGGUGACUGAAUUCAUUUUUGUUGGGAUAACUGAUGCCCCAGAACUGCAGAUCUCCCUCUAUCUAGUGUUCACUCUCAUCUACCUCAUCACUCUGGUUGGGAACUUGGGGGUUAUCACGUUGACCCAGCUGGACCCUCGUCUCCACACUCCCAUGUCCUUCUUCCUCAGUCACCUCUCUCUGGUAGACUUUGGUUACUCCACAGCUGUCACUCCCAAAGUGGUGGCCGGAUUCCUCAUAGGAGACAAGGUCAUUUCCUACAAUGCAUAUGCUGCUCAAUUUUUCUUUUUUACAGUCUUUCUCAUUGUGGAAACAUUUCUCUUGGCCUCAGUGACCUAUGACCAUCAUGUAGCAGUAUGUAAACCACUACAUUACACCAACAUCAUGACAACAAGGGUGUGUGCAUGGAUGGUAAUUGGUUCCUAUGUCCUUGGAUUUCUGGAGGCCUCUAUGCACACUUGGAACAUAUUCAGUCUCUCUUUCUGCAGAUCCAAUGUGAUUGAUCUUUUCUGUGAUGGUACUCCUGUCCUGGCUCUCUCAUGCUCAGACAACAUCAGAAGUGAGAUGGUGUUUUUUGCUUUGAUGGGCUUCAAUAUCAUCUUUUCUGUCCUGGUUAUGUUGAUCCCUUACGUGUUUAUAUUUGUCCCCAUUCUGAGGAUGCACUCAUCUGAAGGACAUCAGAAGGCCUUUUCCACCUGUGCUUCUCACCUCACUGCCGUGUCCAUCUUCUGUGGGACAGGUGCCUUCAUGUACUUACAGCCCAGCUCCCGCCAUUCCACGGACACAGACAAGAUGGCAACUGUGUUCUACGCUAUAGUCGUUCCUAUGCUGAAUCCCCUGAGGAACACAGAGGUAAAGAUUGCCUUUAAAAAAACUAGAGGGAAGGCAAAGUCUUCUAUAAGACUCACAUUUUAA